UGCGCACAGUACACAGAAGGCCUUGCAAAUACCGGGUGCAGCUAAGAGCGAUUCUCUACUUUUUUAAAUAAACAGCGACUGAGGGACGAUUCCUGUGAAAUCCGGACACCGUUACCCGCAAUCCCUGGACUGUCCUGCUCAAUCUCCUCUCUCUCAGCCCCACGAUCCGUACACGGGCCCCGGGGAGCUUCCGGCUGAUGAGGGAAUGGGAACCGAUGGAUCUCUCAGACAGAGCUGAGCUCCAGCUAUCUAAAUGCAAGGAUUAGGAACUCGGAGAAAGGGAACAAAAUCUUUUACAUCAGCAGUUGAGAAGAUCACCUUUGUUCUUUCCUCAAUCACAAACAAGAGAACAUCUGCAGAUGCUGGAAAUCCAAGCAACACAAAUUGCUGGAUGAACUUUUCCACAGAUGCUGCCAGACCUGCUGAGUUCCUCCAGCAUUUUGUGUGUGUUCUUGUUCUGGACUUUUCUACCGGUGAGAAUAUGUUUUGUCCCAUUCUCUUUGGGUACAUAAUGAUAUCAAACACCUUUGUCCUGGGCAACAAGUAACUUUCACAUCACAAAUGUGCCGGACUCCAAUGAGACAGACUACUGCCCUUCACUUCAUAUUCAUUGGCAUUGCCAUCACUGUAAGUCACUUGGGGGAGACUUCAGGGAAAAUAUUUAUGUAGAAUACAGAAACUGGUGAUACCUGUGUGCAUUGUUGGUGAUGAAAAGUUGCUGGAGAAUUUGCAAGUUGGAAGAAGUGGAGUUAUAUUUGGAAAUCUGACUUUUUAAACAUAAUUUAGCAAGCAAACCACAUAUGGACAGUAUGCAAAAGCUUUGUUGAGAAAAUCCUUCAUGUUCGGUUACAAGCCUGCUACAUAGAUCGUGUGAGAGUGCAGAUGAACUGGACUGAACCCAGAGGAGAUCAAAGUUCCUAUUGACAGUGAUUUGCUAGCUCAUAAGAUGAACACCUCUCUGUAUAAAACUCACUGUGCACAUUGUCACUGGCAACAAAAUGCACAGUACAAGAUUUAUGUGCACACUGGUUAUUCCAAAUUAGAGGAGAUAUUAGAGGGAAGGAGGGGAGACAUCCAGUGUCCCUGAUGCCUUCACUGACAAGAUGUACAUCCAGCUGCAGCUUGUAACCCUGCACUUUAAGGUGUUGGAACUUGAGGCAGAUGAAUUCCACAUCAUCCGGCAGUUGGAUGUGGUGAUGGAUGUGACAUGAAGUGAGAUGUGCGGACCAACCAUUCAUCUCAGCAGGAAUUUUUUAUAUGGUGUUAAAACUGUGGCAUGUUAAGUUAAUAAUACAUAAAAGAAAAUCACAGUUGCACGUCAAGAAAGACUAUUUGUGUGAGACUGUUUCAGUUACUGUGGGGCCAGGCACCCAUGCAGCUCAGCAGGAGGAGGUAAUAAUACCAAUGGAGAGAGUCAAACUGAGCGAGGGUUCAAAUUGGAGAUGGCCAAAAGCCCCAUUCUUAUAGAGACAGGAAGAGCAUCAGAGAAUUGAUGGUCAUUGCAGAUACCAGCACUCUGCCCAGUCAGGAGAUGAUAUCUCUGUCCAGCUUGUUUUGAACCUCACUGUAACAGUGUGAUACCAGAUCAAACCUUGGCAACUCAAGUAAUCUCAUCUGAAAUGUUGUCCUACACCCAUUGAUGGAUUUUGCAAAUCUUUUUACAGGUUAAAUACAAGAAGGAAUUUGUCUCCAGGAAGCUCAAACAUGACACGCCAGUUUUGUUGUCUCUGUCUAGAUAUUUAAGAAGUGGAGCAAGGGAUUCAAUCGACCAUUCUUCAUGCUCAGACAGUGGGGACAGAUUCACUCGGUUAACUGACCAACUGGCAUGUCCAUCAUUUUACACAGGAGAAAGGCCAUUCACCUUCUCAGACAGUGGGAAUGGAUUCACUCGGUCAUUUCAACUGAAGGUACAUUAGCAAGUUCACACUGGGCAAGGCCAUUCACCUGUUCUGUGGGUAAGAAAGGAUUAACUCAGUUUUCCCACCUGUGGACACACCAGUCAGUUCACACCAGGCAGAAGCUGGUCAUCUGCUGAAUUUCUGGGAAAGGAUUCACUCAGUCAUCUGACUUAAUGGCUCACCAGGGAGUUCACAUCAGGGAGCGGCCAUUCACUUGCUCAGUCUGUGGGAAGAGAUUCAUUAAAUCAUCCCACCUGCUGAGUCAUCAGCGAGUUCACACUGGGGAGAAGCCGUUCACCUGCUCAGACUGUGGGAAGAGCUUCACUCACUUAUGCAACCUACAGAAUCAUCAGCCAGUUCACACUGGGGAGAGGCCAUUCACCUGCUCAGAAUGUGGGAAGGGAUUCACUCAGUCAUCCCAUCUGAAGGUUCAUCAGCGAGUUCACACUGGGGAGAAGCCAUUCAUCUGCUCAGUCUGUGGAAAGGGAUUCACUGAUUCAUCCACCCGGCAGAAACAUCAGCGAGUUCACACUGGGGAGAAGUCGUUCACCUGCUCAGAAUGUGGGAAGGGAUUCACGGAUUCAUCCUGCCUACUGGUACAUCAGCGAGUUCACACUAGGGAGAAGCCGUUCACCUGCUCAGAAUGUGGGAAGGGAUUCACUCAGUCAUCCCACCUGCAGAGACAUCAGCGAGUUCACACUGGGGAGAAGCCAUUCAAAUGCUCAGAAUGUGGGAAGAGAUUCACUCAAUCUUCCACCCUACAGGCACACCAGCGAAUUCACACUGGGGAGAAGCCAUUCACUUGCUCAGUCUGUGGGAAACAAUUCACUCUGUCAUUCCAACUACUGAAACACCAGCGAGUUCACACAGGGGAACGGCCGUUCGCCUGCUCAAAAUGUGGGAAGAGGUUCGCUGGAUCAUCCAACCUACAGAGACAUCAGCAAGUUCACACUGGGGAGAAGCCGUUCACUUGCUCAGUCUGUGGGAAGGGAUUCACCCAGUCGUCCCAACUACUGGCUCACCAGUCAAUUCACAAUGGGGAGUGGCCAUAGUUAUGAAUCUCUGGGUUUCGUUUGCUGUGGGCUGUCAUUUUAAGAGAGAGCGAGAGAGAUUAAGAAGGUGAAUCAGUCUGACUUGCAGCUUGUUUACAUUGCUCGCAGCUUGUUUCCUUUUAACCAAGGACACAGACAAUCAGAGUCAGACGGAGACGAAGGAGGAAAAAUGGAAGGAUCGAAACCAGGGAACUAGAGGCCAAGGGUCACUGUUUGGAACUUUCCUAUGCCCACAAGGGUGGGUUAAUUAUCGAUUCACCAUACAUCGUAUAUGUAGUUGUCACCGCGUUUGAUCCAUAGGAGUGGAUCUGAUUUGGGGUGUCCUAUGAAGACCACAGAUGUGUUAACCCUUCCCUGGGUGUGGUGUGGUAAUUCACUUGAAGACGAUACCGCUUGUGACAAGUCACUUUCGGUGAUAAAUCUUAUGAGGGUUUGGAAUGACGACAAAUAAAAUCGACAGCGACUGUUGUGUGGUUUUACCACCAUGGAACCUGUGGAAUUCAACAUAAUUGCCUUCUCUCAACAUUUACCCUGGAUUACAAAUAUCUCUCUCAUCACCUGAACUUUCAUACUUUGCUAUCUCAAGAAUCCAAGCCUUGUUUCUCCAGAGCUCAAUAGUUUGGGAGUUUUAUUUAAACACAUAUAUACACAUAACACUGUUAACUUUUGUUUAUCUUGCUUUAGUUACUAUAUUACAAGUAGAUUCUAAUACAGAUAGUUUUAAGAUCAAAAACAGACUCCAGGUAUAGUCUAUUGCUGCUGGUUCGUUUCUAAAACGUUAUGAUUCGUAACAAAAUUGGGGCCUGCAUCCAGUAUAUGAACAGAUUUGGGGGCGUAUUCAUUAAUUAUCAAUUUCAUCCCUUUUCAUUUAUUGGUGUGUGGAAAAUCAGCAGCAAUGGAUGCUGUUAGAUGUCUGGAUGCUGACCAACCUGUGAGGCAUUAGAGGAUGCCAGAAGGGUUGAGUUGUUGAGCCUUGCUAGAAGGGUAAAACUUGCUAAGGUGAAAUUGACAAUGAGGAGGGCACAGAUGCAGAGGAUAAUAGCUGAACAUUAUGUAUCUGAGGGUGUGUUUAAAGUGGAGGAGUUGGAGGUGUUUCCUGAAAGUAAACCUCGUGAGCUUGAGCUCCAGUACAAGUGAGAAAAAUUAAACUGGAGGCUGCGGAAAGGCAGAGGCAGUUUGAGGCUAGAGAAGCAGAAAAACAGAGAAGAGGCAGAAAAAUAGAGGGAGGAAACAGAAAGACAGAGGCUGUUCGAGCUGGAAAAGAUAAAGAGGUUGCAGCAAAGGAGUCCAGCGUUUUUCUCUGGUGAUAAAUUUGAGGCCAGUUGGGAAGUUAAAUUGGUCCCUACAUUUGACGAGGCAGA